AUGUCUUUUACAAACUUCCACUCAGCAUUACCUCCAUCUCUCCAGCAAAUUCCUAUUCCAAGCACUCCUCUUCCAGAUAAUGACAGCUCUUCCUCAACCGACUCUUCCACUGCUGGCUCAGACUACUCAAGAUCUCCUUCAAAUUCUCCUCGCCAUCAUCACCAUCAUCACAGACUUCUCACCGGUCCUUCUCUCCAUCGUAGUGCCAGCGAUUUGCUUCUCUCAGCUUCUUCCUCUUCAACUGUUGACAAUGUCUACGAGUAUCUUUGUGACGACGUUGAUGGAACAACUGCUGCACUUUUGGGAACAGACGAUGAAGAGUAUAUGUGUUCAUCUGCCUCCCAGACUAACGUCUCGGCAGCAGAUCUUUUGAUGUCUUCAUCUGAAAACAACAUCAACAAUGGUACUAUUAACAGCAAUAUGACUAUUGGUAAGCCCUAUUAUUCAUUGGAAAAGUUGCAACAUUACUCUCAGCUGAGUCUCAUGUCUGGAACAAUGCGUGUGCACCCGCAUUCAGCACACAAUGCUCUCCAGAGUGCUCUCGAAGACAUUUUUGAGAUUCAGCUUCUUUCGGAAUCGUCGCUGGACGAUGAUGACGAUGAUGACGAUGGUGAUGAAAGCCUUGAAGAUGAUGAAGAAGAGAAGAAUGGUAAUGAUGACAACGACGACAACGACAACGACGACAACGAAAUGGCUCCUCAGGAUUUAGAAAACUCGCUCAGCGAAGUUACUCUGAAUAAUGAUGACGACGAUGACGACAACAAUGUCGAUCAAGAAGAACUUUUCUAUAAACAGAAAUUGUCAAGAUCACCAUCUCUCCUUAAUGCCCCUUGGUCGUUCUACUCAGGUCCUCAGGCGCCGGCGCCCGCAGCCCCCUUUUGCUCAGCACCACACGUGUAUCCUCCUAUGGGAGCCUCUGCGGCUGCCUGGUGGACAGAUUCUAGUGCGGAUGAGGCGGACAUUUUGGACCAUUAUUACGAUGAUGAAGAAGAUGAUGAUGAUGGUGACACUGAUUCGAGCUGCAUGCCUACUCCUUUAUCAGCAACAACAUUUGGAGUUUUGUCUUCUUCAUCUACAGCAGCAACCACAAGAACUGCAAAGACCAAAAUCAGAGACGACAACGCCAUGGUGGCCAGUCCGUCGCAAACUCAGGCGUACCAUGCUGCAAGUGCAAUCUUGUCGUCGGUCAAACAGCGCAACGCAGCGGCGGGCGCGUCUCCAAACUGGGUUGCGUUGCGGCGGCUGCACGAUGACUACGAGGCUGCGUUUGUGCAUAAAUUGCAGCCCACCAACAAGUCGGCAUUAGAAACAACAACUACAACUACAAUAACAGCCAGUGCAAUUAGUGCAGCAGCAGCAUCAGCAGCAGCAAAAGCAGCUCACAGUGCAGCAGCAAUCGCAAUUGCUUCCGGGACUCGGAACAACGGAGAAGACGAUUUCUCGAUCGAAUCACCUGAAGACGACGAUUCUUCUUCAUACUCGAGCAGCUGCUGUUCCACCUCAAGCGAGUCGGCAAAUUACUCGCCGGUUUUCUACAUUCUAAGUCCUCCAGCAAGAAACCCUACAGCCACUACCACCACUACUUACCACCAUUCUCUUGCAUCUACAAACCCAUAUCUCUCUUCUUCUUCUUCUUCUUCUAAAACAACGGCCAUUCGUGCUCCCCCACCUGUCCCAUCACGCGUCCCAGCUGCUGCCCAGCCUCCAGCUCCAGCUCCAGCUCGACCCGCAUACUGUUUACCGACUGCAGUUUGUACUGCUUCUGUAGAGCGUGCUGCACUUCCUGGUCCUUCCUUGAAUCGAGUGCUUGCUGUGCAGCAGCGAAUUCAGAAGAAUGCCCAGACAAGUUUACGUGCUCGCCGGAUUCUGAAGCGCAGAAUGAUUGUUGAACAACAACAGAUGCAAAGAAGCCCAAGAGUUCCGCCCGGAUUGCCGGUGCCAAUGGGUAUGGCAAGCCCGGUGCCUGUCAUGUGA